AUGGUACUGCUUGUUGGCAGAGAGGGUUGUAUAUUUGCUUCCGGACCCUGCAAGUAUCAGCAAAUAUUGAUAUAUUGUCAAAAUCACGUAUUAUCUAUCUAUCUAUCUAUCUAUCUAUCUAUCUAUCUUAUCUAUCUAUCUAUCUAUCUAUCUCAAUAUGUUCAUAUUUUUCAUCUGUUAAUAUCUAUCUAUCUAUCUCAAUAUCUGAUCAUCUAUCUAUCUAUCUAUCUUAUUUAUCCCAUCUAUCUAACCCUGACAAUAUCUAUUUAUUUAUCCCAUCUAUCAUCUAUCUAUCUAUCUAUCUAUCUAUCUAUCUAUCUAUCUAUCUAUCUCACCCUGACAAUAUCUAUUGAUUUAUCCCACCGUCUAUCUAUCUAUCUAUCUAUCUAUCUAUCUAUCUAUCUAUCUAUCUAUCUAUCUAUUCUUUUCUUUCUUUCUUUCUCUCUCUCUCUUCUAUAUAUAUAUAUAUAUAUAUAUAUAUAUAUAUAUAUAUAUAUAUAUAUAUAUAUUUCACUCCUCUUAUUAAAUCUAUCUAUCUAUCUAUCUAUCUGUUUUCUGUCUGUCUAUCUAUCCAUCUAUCUAUCUAUGAUAACUUGGUCAUUAUCUAUCUAUCUAUCUAUCUUUCUAUCUAUCUAUCUGUUUUCUGUCUGUCUAUCUAUCUAUCUAUCUAUCUAUGAUAACUUGGUCAUUAUCUAUCUAUCUAUCUAUCUAUCUAUCUAUCUAUCUAUCUAUCUAUCUCACUCUGUUAAUAUAUGUUUAUCUAUCUAUCUAACUAUCUAUCUCACUCUGUUAAUAUCUGUUUAUCUAUCUAUCUAG